CAACAGCCAUGAAGUAUGCAUUGAUUGAGAUACCGUCACAAAAUAACAAACAAUUAGUGGUUGAAACCGUAAAUUUACGAGAUUUCGACAAAUAUUGUGCAAUGACAAAAAACAAAAUGUUUCAUUUAGAAGAAUGUGGAAAAGUAGUGAAGUGUGGAAUCUUAAAAGUUGCAGAAUCGGAAGAAGAGCUGAAUAAUUCCUCGGUAAGGAUACGUCGUCCGAAAUACAAUCCUUCUUCAAUGGAAUCAACGAGCGAAGAAGAAGACGAGUCACCAGUAAUUGGUGCUAAAAUUAAGAGAAAAGUCAAAGCUUUUAACGAAAAAAAAGUUAUACACCUAAUGAGUGAUGAAAUCUUACGAGCUUACCAAGUAGAGAAUGGCGAAGAAAGUCAAGAAGAAGAUGCAAGAAUUGAAAAAGAAGAUGGUGAAGUCGAAAUAUUUUCCACAAACGAUGAUGAGCAACAAGGCAGGAUUUUAAGAGAUGUAGCACCGGAUAAUAAUAUGGUUCAGCCAUCAGUUUCGAACAAUAAAUUUUCACCGCCGAAAGUCCUGAAUAUUCGGAAUAAUGAAGAGUUGAAUGGUGACAAUGAAAAAUCAACGAUAAAACAACUACUUGAAAAAAAUAGGAUGCAAGCUGAUGAAAUACGACGAUUGAAUCAACAAAUGCAGCGCAAUAAAUUCUCCAAAGCUAUCUAUCAGCACCAAGACCAUCACCCAAAACAACAAGUACAACCACAACAACAGCUUGAAGAACCACAAUAUCAAUCUGAAGAAGAUCAACAACCACAACAACAACAACCACAACAACAACCUCAACAACAACCUCAACAACAACCACAACAACAACCACGACGACUAUUAGUUGAAAGCGCUGAAAAUCGCCGAAUCGUAGAUCGAGUACCUAUUGGAGGUGAUUUAUUCGUAGAGAGCCUUUCAUAUCAUAUGGCAUUUACAACAUAUAAACCAUCAAAGUUCAUACAAAUAAUGUCUCAUGCGAUCUGGGAUUACAAAGUACUCGCUUUACGAGGUGUUCGUAUUCAGAAAAAUAAUCGAGAUAAAUCACUUUUAACACCUGAGAAAAAAGUUGUGUUAUUACAUAAUUAUGAGAAAUUUUAAAAAAAAAGAAAUGUAUCUCAAGAUAUUUAUGACAUAGAAAUGAACAACUUCAAUGAGUAUUUAGGAAGAGCCAUAACAAGUGCUAGAAAAAAAUUGCAGUUUAACUGAAUUACAUUAAUAGUAGUCUCAAAUUCAA